AUGAGUAGUAAUAAUUUAUGUAUAUAUUUUCUUGUUAUAUACCAUUGAAAUUAUGCAGAUCCAUUCCAGAAAUAUAAAAAAUUAAAUUAUUAGUUAAUUAAUAAAAAUAACCUAUUAUUAUGUUGCUACUUACAUUUAAUUAGACGAGAUAUUUGAUGUACAUUCGAAAAUUUAUUACUAUUAUCCAUAGUGAGAGAUGACUUUGAUAAUUCACAAUUGAUAAACUGGUGACGGUUUGUUUAUCAUUUGAAUUCUUGUUCUCAAAGGGUUUUAAAAGAUGAGACUUUCUCCUAGAGAAAGAGAUGGUCUUUUAUUGCAUCAGGCAGGAUUUGUGGCACAGAAAAGAUUGGCUAGAGGAUUGAGAUUAAAUCACCCGGAAGUUAUAGCAUUAAUUUCAUCACAGAUACAAGAAUUAAUUAGAGAUGGAUUAAGUGUUUCGGAAUUAAUGAACUUGGGAAAGCAGAUGCUGGGAUUUAGACAGGUAAUGCCUGGAAUAUCUGAAAUGAUUCCCGAAAUUCAGGUUGAAGGUACCUUUCCCGAUGGAACGAAACUUGUGACAAUUCACGAACCUAUUUGUCGUCGAGAUGGCGAUUUACAUCUUGCGCUUCAAGGAAGUUUCCUUCCUGUACCCGAUCUUCAUCUGUUUAAUAAGAGCGAAAAGAAAGAAGAAUAUGAUCCUUCCAUCAAUAAAAUUCUAGACACUUCUCCUGGAAAAUUUCUUCUGGAAAGCAAACCAGUUGAAAUGAAUGUUGGAAGGAAAACCAUUCUGUUAAAGGUUUCUAGUAUAUGCGACAGACCAAUUCAAAUUGGCAGCCAUUAUAACUUCAUAGAAGCCAACAAACAUCUUAUUUUUGACCGUAGAUUGUCUUAUGGAAUGAGAUUGAAUAAACCAUCGGGAACAGCGAUUAGGUUCGAACCGGGAGAAACUAAAAUCGUCCCACUUGUAGAAAUUGGAGGAAGAAGAAUAAUAAGAGGAGGAAAUGAUCUUUGCAACGGGCCUGUUGACACUAAAUUUCUUCCCGACAUCAUGAAACGAAUUAAAGAGAGAGGUUUUAGACACGAAGAACAGAGUGAACAACAACCGUCAGGUAUAUGCACUGUGCCUCGAUUACAAUAUGCUAUGACUUAUGGACCCACUGUGGGAGACAAAGUGAGACUUGGUGAUACUUGUUUAGUGAUCGAAGUUACCGAAGAUUUGACAUAUUAUGGAGAUGAAUGCAAAUUUGGUGCAGGAAAAGUAUUACGAGAGGGAAUGGGUCAAGAACCGAACGUAAUGUCCGAACAAUAUUUAGAUUGUGUCAUUACAAAUGCUUUAAUCUUAGAUGCCGUCACCGGAAUUAUUAAAGCGGAUGUGGGAAUUAAAAAUGGAAGAAUUUCUGGUAUCGGCAAAGCGGGAAAUCCCGAUAUUAUGGACAAAGUAGAUCCAAACAUGAGUGUCGGUGUGGGAACGGAAGCAAUAUCGGGAGAAGGUCUCAUUCUAACUGCCGGAGGAAUUGAUUCGCACGUGCAUUUCAUUUGUCCACAGUUAAUACCAGAAGCUUUUGCUUCGGGAGUGACUACUCUGUUGGGUGGGGGCACUGGACCGGCUACCGGUACAUGCGCCACAACUUGCACACCCGGUCCAAAUAAUAUAAAGUUUAUGAUUCAAAGCACAGACAAAUUUCCUUUAAAUUUUGGUUUUACUGGCAAAGGAAACACAUCGUGUGUUGAAGAUUAUGCGAUGGAAUUAGAAGAACAAGUAGCAGCUGGUGCAAUUGGCUUAAAACUGCAUGAAGAUUGGGGCACUACGCCUUCGGCCAUUGAUGCUUGUCUUCGAGUUGCCGAUGAAUGUGACAUUCAAGUCAUGAUUCACACGGAUACGUUAAAUGAAUCUUCGUGUGUGGAAGAAACGAUCGAAGCGAUCGAUCAUAGAACAAUCCAUUCGUAUCACAGUGAAGGAGCGGGUGGCGGACACGCUCCUGAUAUACUUAAAAUCUGUAGCGAACCAAACGUUCUUCCUUCCUCUACAAAUCCUACCCGUCCCUACACUACCAAUACUCUGGACGAACAUUUAGAUAUGUUGAUGGUUUGCCACCAUCUAAAUAAGGAAUUGAAGGAAGAUGUUGCUUUCGCGGAAUCUCGUAUCCGAGCCGAAACUAUUGCUGCAGAAGACAUUUUACACGAUAUUGGAGCCAUAAGUAUGAUGUCUUCGGAUUCUCAAGCAAUGGGCCGUAUUGGAGAAAUGAUUACACGCACUUGGCAGACUGCGGAUAAGAUGAAAAAGCAAUUCGGUCCUCUUCCGGAAGAAGUUGGCGAUAACGAUAAUUUCCGAGCUAAAAGAUACGUUGCAAAAUAUACCAUUAAUCCCGCCAUCGCUCAUGGAAUUCAAAAUUAUAUUGGUUCAAUAGAAGUUGGUAAGUUAGCCGAUUUGGUGUUGUGGCAUCCGGCAUUCUUUGGUGCCAAACCACAGAUGGUUAUUAAGGGUGGACAAAUAGCGUUAGCACAAAUAGGAUUAGCAAACGCAUCUAUUCCUACUCCGGAACCUGUAAUCCAACGGAAAAUGUUUGGAUCCUACGGCAAAUCCGUUGGACCAAAUUCCAUAAUAUUUGUUUCGAAGCUCUCGGUGGAAAGAGGAAUUGUUAAAACAUACGGUUUGGAUAAGGAAAUCGCAGCAGUAUCUGGCUGUAGAAAUCUUACUAAGAAAGACAUGAUCCUUAAUGAUAGCUUGCCGAAACUGAGAAUUGACCCGGAGACUUACAAAGUGUACAUGCUUCGAGAAGAUGAAGAAUGGCAACAUUUAACUUGUUCUUCAUUAUCGAGAUUGCCUCUAACUCAGCGUUACUUUUUAAUUUGAUCGUGUAUAUAUAAAAUCUUUAAAUCAA